AUGGAUCCUGCAGACGACUACUUGCCCAAGACGCCGUCCGUUGACGAUCUAAAGCCCAACUCAUUCCACGAUGAGAAUUUUGUUGCCGUGGAGGGCUUGGACGAUUCGAUCGAAACGACGAACCCAGGCAAGGCAGUAUGGCUGAUUGCGUGCACGGUAUCCAUGGGCGGGUUUCUCUUCGGAUACGACACAGGCGUGAUCUCUGCCGUCCUUGUCAGCCUUGGGACUGACCUCGGCCAGGCCCUUUCCUCGAAUAAUCAGGAACUGAUCACUUCUAUCACGUCCGGGGGCGCCUUAAUCGGCGCCGUCCUGGCUGGCAUGACAUCGGAUAAAUAUGGGCGAAAGCUGGCCAUCUAUAUCGGCUGUGCGGUCUUCUUUGUGGGAACCGCCCUGCAAGCCACGGCCUUUUCACUGGCCCAGAUGGUUGUUGGGCGCAUGGUUGUUGGGUUUGGAGUGGGUGAGGCCUCAAUGAUUGUUCCUCUCUAUAUUGGCGAGAUGGCACCUGCUCGAUUCCGUGGCCGGUUAAUCGUGUUUGAUAACAUCUGUGUUACUUUUGGCCAGCUCAUUGCAUAUGCCCUCGGGGCCGCCUUCACUGAUGUGCACCAAGGCUGGCGGUACACCAUUGCUAUCGGUGCAAUUCCUGCCAUAGCGCUGGCUGCCACGAUGCCCUUGUGCCCCGAGACACCCCGUCAGCUAAUUGCCCGUAGCCAUGAUGAUGAAGCCAAAAAGGUACUCCGAAAGAUCUUCCCGCAGGCCACGGAUCAGCAGGUGAUUGCAAAAGUCCGAGUGAUUCGACAUUCUAUUGAAGAGACCACUGCCUCCAUGUCGGACAACAGCCUCUGGUGGCAGGCCAAACAGCUCUUCACCGUGGGGGCCAACCUGCGAGCCCUGGUCACGGCCUGCUCCAUUAUGGCUGUAUCCCAGCUAGGGGGGUUCAACACGCUCAUGUACUAUUCCGCUACACUGUUCUCCCUGGUUGGCUUUAACCAGGCCACAGCCGUUUCGAUCGUUGUGGGAGCGACUAACUUUGUCUUUGGAUUCCCCAAUUUCGCCUUUAUUGACCGCUUUGGAAGAAGAUCAAUGCUUCUGGUCACCGUGCUGGGAAUGUCUCUCUCAUUGGUCGUCGUUGCGAUCACCUUCCAUUGGAUCCCCGUCGAGUCGGAUUUGAGCGAUACUGGACCGCGUGAGAUGACCUGGGCUAGCAUCCUCCUGCUUAUCGCGCUUAUCGUCUACAUCGCCUUCUACUCUGCCGGCGUGGCCCCAAUCUCAUGGGUAGGCACCGAGUUUCUCCCCCUAGAGGUGCGCGCACUCGGCACGAUGGUGAAUACCGUGACCUGCUGGGGCUGUAAUAUCAUCAUCUCUUCAACAUUUCUGUCCAUGAUGAAGGCCAUGACCCCCAGCGGGGCGUUCGGGUUUUAUGCGGGUAUCUGCUUUCUCGGGUGGAUCUUCGUCAUCUUCUGCUAUGCGGAGGUCCACAAUAUGCCUCUGGAGUCGGUGCGGGAGAUUUACACGCACGGCUUCGGGCAUAUUCUGGGCACUAGGAAGAUGGUCCCAAGUGAACGGACCGGUGAAUGGAUAGUCCGCGUGAAUAGGUUCUUGUCCCAGUCGCUGGCCCAGAGCCGAUAUCAAUACACCACCACCCAACUUCAUUUCUUGACCCCACCUCCCUAUUCCAAUUUCUAUUCUCCUCCACAGCACCUCACAGGAGCAGGAUCGGGCGUACAGAUUGGCAGCGGUCCUAACUUAAGUCGUGGCAACUGGGAAUUAGGGGGAAAAAAAAAGACUAUCCACGCAAUAACAAUGAUACUCUCAACGUUCGACAAAGAGCUUCAAGUGGCCUGUCUCGCCGUGCAGCGAGCCAGCAUUGUCACCAAGACCGUGCUGACUGAGGUAGACAAAGGAUCCACAGAGAAGGCGGAUGCUUCUCCAGUGACAAUAGCCGACUUCGCGUCACAGGCGAUCCUCAUCAGUGCGAUUCGCCACAACUUCCCUGCCGACAAAUUCGUCGGAGAGGAAUCGGCAUCAGCCCUGCGGAGUGAUCCCGUCCUGGCCGACCGGGUGUGGCAGCUGGUAGCCACGACUAAGUUACAUGAUACCGAGAGUGAAGAGCUCGUCGCGGCCCCCUCAUCGCUGGAAGAGAUGCUGAGCAUCAUUGAUAUAGGCGGCGACGGCAAAGGGGCCAGUCAUGGACGCACGUGGUUCUUGGACCCCAUUGACGGGACGGCAUCGUUCAUUCGUGGGCGUCAGUACGGCGUCUCUGUGGCACUGGUCGAGGGUGGCGAGCAGAAGGUCGGCGUGGUCGGGUAUCCCAAUUUUCAUUUCCAAAGCCCCGUGGUUCACGAAGACAUUGUCGAUCAGGAUGGGUACGGCAUCAUGUUAUCGGCUGUCAGGGGGUUGGGUGCUUAUAAGCGGCCGAUGAGCAAGGAGCGUCUGCAGCCGGCCGUCAGGGUGUGCAACGUCCUGGCGCGGACUAAUGUCGGCCAGCCGGAUCUGGUGUUUGCAGAGAGCAUGGAAAGCCCCUACAUCAACCAGCGGCUACACGACAUCGUCCGCAAGAGACUGGACGUCACCAAACCAAUCACCGACUUGUGGUCCAUGCAGGCCAAGUAUGCGGCCCUCGUGGUCGGCGGGUGCAACGUGAUGGUUCGUAUCCCCCGAAACCCCGAAUAUCGCGCCUAUGCCUGGGACCACGCCGGGGGAAUGUUGAUCUAUGAGGAAUCCGGUGGCAUGGUCACAGACCUGAAUGGUCUGCCUUUCAACUAUGGACGAGGCAGGCAACUGGCGGAUAACAUGGGCCUGGUGGCCACAUUCCCGGAGAUGCACUCGCGCGUGCUGGAACUUGUGCGCGGGGUCAGUGUGGAGGGAGGAGGGAGGAGGGGAGGGGGGAAAAGGGGGAAGAGAAGUCGAGGUGGAGGAAAGAAAGAAAGCAGGCAGGCAGGCAGGCAGGCAGGCACAUGA